AUGGCCGUGUUACCACUUACCGUCACUCCGUUACAGCCUCCGCCUGGCUCUUGUAUUGAUUUUGGUGCUGAAAUUCGAGGAGUCGACCUUGAAAAUUUGGGUGAUGAGGAAUUUGCAACGAUUCGAAAGGCUCUCUACGAGCACCAUGUUGUUGUCUUCAAGAACCAGAAAGGUCUUUCACCCAAAGCUCAAUAUGAAUUGACCAAGCGCUUCGACCCGGUCUCAGAAAACUAUGGACACGGCAAGACAAUCGACGCCAAGAGAAGCAUUUUGCAUCCCGAUCUCAAGACCGUUCCACAUCAACCACAAGUGCAGGUGAUUGGAAAUGGACAUGUUGAUUCAUAUGAAGGCCUGAAAGAUAUUCAGCUGCGCCACCCUCACCAUCGAACAUUCCAUCAAGAUCAUAUCCCCGAUGAGAAAGAUUACGAUUUCACGCGGUUUUACCGGUGGCAUAUUGAUGCCGCUCUUUAUGAUCUAUACCCGCCCCAGGUGACGACACUUUUGGCCGUCAACGUGCCCAAGGGUCGCCGCCAAACACUUCUAUAUGAUGACGGAACUGGGGAAACAAUGGACGUUCCACUUGGCACAACAGCGUUCGUUAGUGGUGAACGAAUGUUCGAGCUCCUGUCGCCGGAAGACAAAGAAUUUGUCAAGACGAGCAAGAUAGAAUAUGCUCCUCACCCAUACAUUUGGAUGAGUCCAGCCCGUUCCCGCUCUACUGGACUAGGCAUGCACUCAGAAGGUCUCGAGCUGCCAGACUCCGAGCUCCCACCCAUUGACCCUAGCAAAAUCAUGGUCUUCCCCAUGACCUGGAAGAAUCCCGUGACUGGCAAGUUGGCUUUGCAGAUCCACCCGUCUGCCAUUCGCCGGAUUCACUGCGCCGACGGAACCACGAUCGAUGACUUGGCCCGUGUGCGGGAGAUUGUUUACAAGUUGCAGCGACCGGCCAUCAGUCCCCAAUAUGUGUAUCCGCAUGACUGGGCAGAAGAUGACUUGGUUUUGUUCAAUAACCGCGGUGUUCUGCAUUCGGUCGUGGGUGCGUUCAAGCCAGACGAAGUGCGGUUGUUCCGCCAAUGCAACCUGGCAGCCUCCGACCCUCCAGUCGGACCUUGA